AUACGGCCUAUUUUUCUGGAGAGUGGAAUGCGCACGGGAGCGCGCGUGGCGCCGUGGAGGCCGGCUACGGGGGCGCGCAUCCCGAGUGCUGACGUCACUGGAGCGCCCUGGCUCGCGGAGCUGCUCUGCUCGUAGUGUAGUGGUGGCGGCGCGCGCGCAAGACAGAGGAAUACAGUGGUAGGAAGAGGGAGGAAUAACUAGUUGGAAAGAGGAUUAUUUUCAUCCUUUAACGGAUUUGUAAGUCAUAGCGGUCCGUCUGGGAGACAAGAAUCAGGGCUGAACUUCUCCUCAAACCGGUCGGACUGGAUCUCUGAGGCGGUCACUGUGUUUAUAUAAUCCUGGUCGAAGCCCCCGUUAAUGGACUAAGCUAACGAGAACCCUGGAGAGCAGAGCCGAGUCAUCGUACUUAAUCACGCAGACAAUUCAAACAUGAGACAUUCGUUCCUGUCGUGUAGUUAAGCGAAGCUCCGCGACUCGUGAGGAUCACCUGAACCGACCUCUGUGAUAUUUACACAGGUUUCUCUCGUCCCUUUACUCGAAGCCGAGCCGCGAUGUACGGUAGCGCCCGCUCAGUGGGUAAACCGGAGGCCAAUCAGAGCCCCGGACGCUCUCCACGCCUGCCUCGCUCUCCACGCCUGGGCCACCGGCGCAAUAACAGCACAGGUGGUGCUGGGGGUAAAACGCUCUCCAUGGAGAACAUCCAGUCUCUGAACGCCGCCUACGCUACAUCCGGCCCCACGUACCUGAGCGACAAUGACGCGCCCACCCCCGCCUCCGUCUCGGACAUGCCAAAGAGCACGAUGACCCUGGGCCGCUCGGGCGCCCGGCUUCCCUACGGCACGCGCGCCACAGUGGCGGGCAGCAGUCCCAACAUCGCCAGCGACUCCAUCGCCUUCGGAGAUCACCACGUGCCUGCAGCCAUGGCGUCCACCGUACCGCACUCGCUGCGCCAGGCCCGCGACAACACCAUCAUGGACCUGCAGGCGCAGCUGAAAGAAGUUCUGCGUGAGAACGAGCUCCUGCGCAAGGAGGUGGACGUCAAGGAGAGCAAGCUCAGCUCGUCCAUGAACUCCAUCAAGACCUUCUGGAGCCCCGAGUUGAAGAAGGAGCGCGCCCUGCGUAAGGACGAGGUCUCCAAGAUGGCCGUGUGGAAGGAGCAGUUCCGCGUGAUGCAGGAGGAAACGCAGCACCUCCAGAUGACCAUCCAGGCUCUCCAGGACGAGCUGCGCAUCCAGCGCGACCUUAACCAGCUGUUCCAGCAGGACUACAGCGGGGCACGGCCAGGGGAACCCUUCUCCACCGAGCUCACCGAGGAGAACUUCCACCGGCUGCACGGCGAGCACGAAAGACAAGCCAAAGAGCUGUUUCUCCUGAGGAAGACCCUGGAGGAGAUGGAGCUGCGCAUCGACACGCAGAAACAGACCCUCAACGCCCGGGACGAGUCUAUCAAGAAGCUGCUGGAGAUGCUGCAAAGCAAAGGCCUGUCGGGUAAAGCCAGCGAGGAGGAGCACGAGCGCACGCGGCGCCUCGCCGAGGCCGAGAUGCACAUCCACCAUCUGGAGAGCCUGCUGGAGCAGAGGGACAAGGAGACGAGCGCACUCAGGGAGGAGCUCCACCGACGCUAUGAGGGAGCGCCUGAUUCUGCCAAGACCAAAGCCCUGCAGACCGUCAUCGAGAUGAAGGACUCUAAGAUCAAUUCUCUAGAGUGCAGUCUGAGGGAUCUGGAGGAGGAGGUGCAGAUGCUGAAGUCCAACGGCGCUCUGAGCACAGAGGAGCGGGAGGAGGAGAUGAAGCAGAUGGAGGUCUAUCGCAGUCACUCCAAGUUCAUGAAGAAUAAGGUAGAGCAGCUGAAGGUGGAGCUGUCUCAGAGCGAGGCCCAGGCCGAGGAACUGAGAAAGCGAACGGCUGAGCUGCAGCGGGAGCUCUCUGCAAUUGACCAGGUGAAGCAGGACCUCUCCAGGAAGGACACGGAGCUACUGGGCCUCCAGACCAAACUCGAGACGCUCAACAAUCAGUUCUCAGACAGCAAGCAGCACAUCGACGUCCUUAAAGAGUCUCUAACCGCCAAAGAACAGCGAGCUGCCAUUCUGCAGACGGAGGUGGAUGCCCUACGCCUGCGCCUGGAGGAAAAGGAAGCCAUGCUGAAUAAGAAGUCGAAGCAGAUCCAGGAGAUGUCUGAGGAGAAAGGCACACUCAACGGAGAAAUACACGACCUUAAAGACAUGCUGGACGUUAAAGAGCGCAAAGUCACCGUGCUCCAGAAAAAGAUCGAGAACCUGCAGGAGCAGCUGAAGGAUAAGGAGAAGCAGCUGAGUAGUCUGAAAGAGAGGGUCAAAUCCCUGCAGGCUGACACCUCCAACACAGAUACAGCUCUCACUACGCUCGAAGAGGCGCUGGCUGAGAAGGAGCGAAUUAUCGAGCGUCUGAAAGAGCAGAGAGAUCGAGAUGAGAGGGAGAAGGGAGAAGAGCUGGAUACCUGCAAGAAAGAGCUUAAGGAGCUGAAGGAGAAAAUCAACCUGCUGCAGGGAGACCUGUCCGACCGUGAGACAUCUUUGUUGGAUCUGAAGGAGCACGCCUCAUCACUGGCCUCCUCGGGUUUGAAGAAGGACUCCAAGCUCAAGAGCCUGGAGAUUGCGCUUGAGCAGAAGAAAGAGGAGUGUAUCAAACUGGAGAGUCAGCUCAAGAAGCACACUGAGUACAUAUCAGGCCAUUCCUCCGAACUUGCUCACACGGCGGCUGCAGAGGCUCAGGCGAACACGGAGCUGUCAGAGCGCAUCAGCACCCUCGAGCAGGAGGUGAACCGCCACAGAGAGGAUGCUGGGAAAGCCCAGGCUGAAGUGGACCGUCUGCUGGAGAUCCUCAGAGAGAUGGAGAACGAGAAGAACGACAAAGACCGCAAGAUCAGUGAACUGGAGAGGCAGAUGAAGGACCAGAGCAAGAAGGUAGCCACUCUGAAACACAAGGAGCAAGUGGAGAAGAACCGGAAUGCACAGCUGAUGGAGGAGGCUCGCAAGCGGGAGGAUAACAUCAACGAAAGCUCUCAGCAGAUCAAGGACUCUCUGAAGCUGAAAGACGAGCGAAUCGAGGAACUGGAAGAGGCGCUGCGUGAGAGUGUUCAGAUCACUGCAGAGAGAGAGAUGGUGCUGGCGCAAGAAGAGGCUGCACGCACGCAUGCAGAGAAACAGAUGGAGGAGCUGCUAGGAGCGAUGGAGAAGGUGAAGCAGGAGCUGGAGUCCAUGAAGGCCAAGCUUUCGUCCACGCAGCAGUCCCUGGCGGAGAAGGAGGCCCACCUGACCACACUGAGAGCCGAGCGCAGGAAGCACCUGGAGGAGGUUCUGGAGAUGAAGCAGGAGGCGCUCCUGGCAGCCAUCAGCGAGAAGGACGCCAACAUCGCCCUCCUGGAGCUGUCCUCCUCUAAAAAGAAGAAGACUCAGGAUGAAGUGUCUCUGCUGAAGAGGGAGAAAGACCGACUGGUGCAGCAGCUCAAACAGCAGACGCAGAACCGGAUGAAACUGAUGGCCGACAAUUACGAGGAUGACCAUCUGAAGGCUUCUUCGAAUUCAGACCAGAGUAAUCACAAACCCUCUCCAGAUCAGAUUAUUCCCCCUCUCAUAGACCUCAAUCAGAACCGCAGUAAGCUGAAAUUGUACAUUGGCCACCUCACAGCCCUUUGUCAUGAGAGAGACCCCCACAUCCUGCAGGACCUGGCUCCACCCUCAGCUUACCACCGCAGCCAGAGGGACGCCUGGGAGGAGGAGCUACAGAAGAUGAGCAUGGAGGAGCUGGAAUCGGAGCUGGAGCAGUGUGAGCGAGAGAGCGCCGAGCUGCAGGAGUACGCCAACUCGGUCCUGCAGCAGAUCGCAGACCACUGCCCCGACAUCCUGGAGCAGGUCGUUAACGCACUGGAGGAGUCGUGCUGAACGCAGCCAUGCUCUCUUCCACUUUUUUUUUUCCCCCUCCUCUUUUUUUUUUUUUUUUUCUUUGGGAAAUCCAGACCUGCGUUCCGCCUCAUGUCUCACCACUAUGAGCUCAAGGACACCAGCGUGCACCUACACCCACACUUCCAGACACCAGACAGGAAGGACAGGAAGGAGCUGGAGUGUAAUUUGGGAUGAGCAUCAGCACAGGGCGCAGCUGAACGAGCCUCGCGGGGGUCAUUCCUGCGUCAGUCUUCUCCUGACUCUCUGUCAUCACCUACCUAUCCUCCCCUCUGCUGAUUUACUGCUUCAAGUCCCCGACGUUUACGUCUCGCUCGCACGCAUAAACACCCGGAGAUGAAGUGGUGAAGUGCGGUAUUAAAGGAGACGUCCAUUAAGUCCAUCAGUAUGAGUGAAACCAUAACAUCUUACGCUUAACAUGUGCUCAUGUCUGAAGAGUCUCUCUCUCUCUCUCUCUCUCUCUCUCUCUCUCUCUCUCUCUCUCUCAAAUGAAUUCACUCCAGAGUCUCUACUGAAUCAAAUCCCAUCCCACAGCACUGUAGGUCAAUCCAUAACCCUGUUACUACCCACAAUUCCCUAUAGAGUUACGUUUAAUACAUAGCCAAAAUAGUCUGAGAGAACAGGAGAGAACCUUUUGAUUUUUCUUAGCUUUAUUGCCGUCACUGUUUGUUCAUCUCGAGUCCUUUAAGGAAAUUAUAAAAUGUAUCAUUAUUGGCAGGAUUAUUAGUAAUUCAUGAAAGCUGAGUUUAUUACAGAGAUGUGUAUAUAAUUAUACACGAUAUAAAUAUAGGGUCAGGACAGGAGGUGUAUUGUAUAAAUUGUAUAGUGGCCUGGAUACAGGCUUCACAAGAGCGACUGUUACUUUCGGUUGUCGAAAUUAAGUAAAUCUGCUUUUUUUUUUUUUAUUUUUUUUUUUUUUUCCUUCCUGUUAUUCCUUUUCCCAGUUUACUGACGCGUUAUUCUGAUGUUCUUCGUUAUCUCUCUCUCCCGCGCUCGAGCCCCUUACCCCCACAUGCGCAGGGUGAAUCCGCUCACCGUUUAUGAUUAUAUGAGUCUCUAUCUCCAGGCCAAGGGUGUCCAUGAAAGCGGGGUCAACUCAUCAUAAAUAUUGCCUCAUCAAUUACUCGGAUUAGCUGGAAAAGUCCAGAGUUGAUUCUCUGGUGGAUGUGGCUGACGCCAGGCGUAACCCACACCGUGCUCUCUUCUCCCUUCUCUCCCGUUUCUGCCCGUGCAGUCCUGCCUUUCAGUGCGGCGAUAAGUAUAGCGGAAUAUCGCCACGUCCGUGAUCCCUGCGAGGCUUUAUCUUUCUUAUUAACACACAGAGUCAUGCCACCAAACCGGCGCACCGAGACAGAUAAGAGAGAAAGAAGGUAAACUCAUCAAAGGGCUGGACGUUUGUUUUACUCAAACAUAGACUGGCAUCGUAGAGUGAGUCAUGGAGAAAUUUAUAGCCGGUGUUUCUUCAUCGUGUUUUCAGUUCCGUGUUACCGUCGAGUGCAAAAGUUUGCGUGCCCUUAAAACAAAACAUCAUCGUGAUGAAGAAGUGUAAUUUGAAGACCCCAAGACGCUGAUUUAACAAGAUCCCAAACAACACGUUCAUUUUGGGAUCAGUCGUAUACACAAACAAGUGGUAGAUCAUUUACAAAUAUUAAUUGCGUGACUUCACGCAAAUUAAUAUUUGUAAAUGAUCUACCACUUGUUUGUGUAUAACGAGUCGUUUUGUGUAUAACGGUGACUGUGUCCAUAUGAAUACUUGUGUGGCUGAUAUCUAAAACGAAGGCACUUUAAUGUAGUGACGUCACCGUUUUAAGAAAAUCGAUAGUCCUGAGAUACUAACGCAUAAUCUCAUUAUUAAGAAGUAUAAUUCUGUUUUCAAAUGGCCUCUACAAACAUAAUACCUGCUUCUGGGUUGUAUUCAUUUGCCCGCACGAUCGCCGUUCCUGAAGUGACUCUCAGUCUGAAUCUAUUUGCGUUGACGCCGUCUUGUAUUUUCCACCUUUAAGUAGAGACUCGUCAAAGUGCGUUUUCAUCGACGCAAAUUUUGCUCAAGUGAAAGAAGCAAUCCUCCGUGUUUAUAAUCUGUCUUACACCACUGUGCAGGUGCUAUCGCGUUUCAAUGUUUUGAGGUGUUUUUUGUUCCCCCCCCCCCACACACAGACCUUAAAUCACGUCCCUUAGUGUUUUAGGUUUCACAGACGUUCCUUAAUUGUUAUCACAAGUACCACGUAUCUAAAUAUUCUCGAAUAGCUUUCUUUGUAUUUAUAACUUCUCCGAACGCUUUAAUCUGCAUGUAUCACAUCGGCGAAGGUGUCAUAGCAACUAAAUUUUAUUGUAGGUAAAUUGAAAAACAGCCAUGGGGGGGGGGUGCAAACUUUUGCAUUCGACUCUUCAUUUCGUGUGUGUGUGUGGGGGUAUAUAUAUAUAUAUAUAUAUAUAUAUAUAUAUAAAUGAGCUGAUCCAAAGGUUAAUGAGAGCCCGUUUGUGCCAGUGUUUAAUGGAGCAGUGUGUGAUGGUGUCUCGCUUUAUGUUGGCAAUACCAAGGAGACGCCCUGAGACGGCGCGGCAAAAACGCAAAUGAUUUUAUUACAUUUCUUUAUUGCCGCAAUUAAUCCUGAUGCGUUUCUUUAUAUGACACACACACAAAUCUUUGCUUCUUUUUCUCUCGUCUCCUCUCUCUCUCUCUCUCUCACACACACACACACACACACACACGUAUGCGCGAGUGCAGUGUUUUGGCUUGGUUCUCUCAAGUCUCUGAAAUAUGGGGCUCAGUUAUCAGGGCUGUGGCUGAGUAUCCAAGCUUAGACUAAACACAGGCCUCUCGCACAUGCUCACUCUUACACAUCCACUUUCACACACACAACGAGGAUUUAUGAGGCGCGCUCUUAACGCUGCUCUCUGCCUGCCUCCUGUCAACUCCGAAUUCAGUGAGAAAACAAGGAAGAGUAACCAGAAACAGAUCAGAGUGUGAAAGUCAAGAAGGAGAGAGGAUAUUCUCCUGUGAGUGUGUGUGUGUGAGUGUGUGUGUGUGUGUGUGUGUGUUGUAUGUAGUGAUUCUUAGUGUCGCUGGUAUUUUUGUGUCCUCUCACACACACUCAAUUUCCCUCACUGCUCAUUUUGUUCAUCACACAGUCAUUUCGUUAUCUCGUCUAAAGCUGGCUCGGUUUGUUGUGGGGUUUUUUUUGUUUGUUUGUUUGUUUGUUUGUUUUUUAAAUUAGCGUUUUCUUCAUCAGUCACACGUCGCACUUUAAGUUACGGUGCCUUGUAGAUUUGGAAGGAGUGCCAGGUCAGAAGCGCAUCUGCUCGUAGAAUUGUAUCGCUUUACAUUCUGGACAACUCGAGCACCCGCCCCCCCCACGCCCUCCCCCCCACGCCCUCCCCCAAUCCAAAUGUCAAGUGCGUUUCGAAAGGGAGCCGAAGACUGGAAAGUUCUUCAGUGUUGUCUUUUAAAGCAAUACCCGGUUCUUCAUAUUCUCGUCACGUUGUGGAAUUUUUCCACUAUCUAUCAGUGUUGAGUGCACGGUCAGGUCUCCGCUCACGCCGUCCGGGAGUGGACAUCAUCAUUCGAAACAAACACACAAAAACACGCCGUCGGUCAUCCGCUGAUCUUUUAAGAAAUUUUAUUUGAAAUAAUCUUUCCUGAUAUGUGACAUGAGCGCAGCAGCGAAGGUCAGCACUCGUCUCUGAGAGUCUGAUUUAUUUGCUCUUGCUUUUGUCUGUUCACUCAGCGAUGAGAACACUGCCAGAGAUAUUCUGCCUGGACUCGUUUGACCCCCCCCCCACCGCACCCCCACCCCCCCCCCCCCCUUACACAUGCACACAUAUCUAUAUUUAUAUAUUAGCUGAUAAAGGGAGAUGAAUAGAGUUGAACUCUGUGUUGUUGUUGGGGAAUUUUUUUUUUUUCUUUCCAUGUUGUCCAUGAAGUGGGGAAGAUGUCCGUCUGAACAAAAUGGCCGCCACACCACGGCCCCGCAUCUUACACGCGAUAGAAACGUCUCUCAAAUACUUUCUAAGUGUCAAAUAAACGCUGUUAACACAGAUUCUGAAAAGCAUUACCGUGUGGUUGAUGAUGUAAUGUUGCUAUGUAUUUAAUUCUCCUCUUACGUUCAUGUUUUUUUUUGUGGUUUUUUGUUUUCCCCUACAGCCUGUUCAGAUGUGUGAGAUUUGAAAGUGUUGAUCUAUUAUUAUUAUUAUUUUUUUUUAAAUCACUAAUGUGCAAGUGUGUUCAGGGUUGGAAAAGCCUCCCUCCAUGACCGUGCUCCCCGUGUGCUCACUGACCCCUGACAUGGUUUUAACUACUAAAACUGUGACUCUGGAUUGCAGGACAGCUUUGUCUGAGCGUGAAACGCAAUCCAGACGCUUUUUCUAUUUCCUGUCGUUGUUUACCGCUCGUGUUUAGAGCGACACUCGCGUGUCACGACCCUUUAAGUAGCUCUCCGUUAAAUAGUUUACUUAUUCACUCGUCUACUAUUUGGCGGUAUUUACCCAAACUCUCAGCGGACACGUCCGCAUUUCUCAUCCCUCGCAUCCGUCCGAUUAGUUUACAGGACCAAAGCACGUUAAACAUCUGCUGAAGGAUCAGGACGGUUUGUCCGUGUGAGCGAGACCGAAUGAAUCCGGGUCUACUGUUAAAAUCAACCAAAGCUGAACCGAGACGAACGUUCCCGUGACGUCACUUUACGCUCGAAUCCUGAAGGAGUCGUGAAGGCCAGACCAAAGACUUGCGUUAGGUCACACGCUUUUUUUUCUAAAGUUUUUAUAUCUUCUCUUUUUCUUUCUCUAACGCCAGAUCGACCACACAUUGUGAAGAACACAGAACAGGGCUUCUAUCUCGAAUAAUUUCACGUGCAUUUUAAUAGUACAAUAUGCGUCCCUGCACCUUUUUUAAUCCACUAAAUCAAUAGCGCCAUAUUUAAUUUAGUGGAUGUUUAAAUAACUAAACUAGUGGAUGUUUAAAGUCCCGCCUUCAGUUACAGUUUCUACAAACUCUACUGUGCUCCAUUCUCCAGCACACUGACACAGUCUUGGAGGGAGCCUCUACCCCCAUUCCAGCUUAAUUUAAUACAUUUAAUAAAGGAAAAAAUGUUUUAAAAACAAUCAUCUACAAUACCUGGUUUUCAUUUGCUUCCUAAUUUGUUAUUUUCAUGCUUUUACCCCCCCCCCCCCCCCCCCCCCCCUCUCCGUUUGUGAAAGCGCUGGAGUUUUGUGUACAAAAGAAAAAAGAAAGAAAAUCAAAGCUGAAAAUUAGGCAUAUUGUAUUCAUCUUUUGUAAAUAUAAACACUUCAUUAUCAGCCGUC